AUGGAUCUAGACAGAAAGUAGUAUAUAAAUUAAGAAUCCUAAUGCGAAAGCUAUGAAUUACCUUACAAUGAGCAAUAGAUCUAUUAAGGACUCUCAAACCAUAAUUUUAUAUUAACUGAUACUGCCUCAGACCUCGAUCCUAAGGUGUUAUUCAAUAACCAAUUGAAUACCAAUGAGUAAACACUGGAAAAAAUAUAGUCAUCUUUAAAAUCCUCUAAUUCAAAGCUUUAAUUCAGCAACUUAUCCAAAAAGAAUGACACUAUGUAUUUCUCGCUCAAUCAAGAUAACUAUCAAACCACAUAAAAAUUUAAGAGUUUAUCCCCUUAAUCACCUGCAAAGCAGCAGAUAGAAUUGUAAAGAAAUCCUUUAAUACUAAACUAAAUAGACUAAAAUAGCUAAGAAAGCUUAGAUAGUGAGAAUUGCCCUUUAAAAUAAUAUCUAUAGGCUUAGGACACUAAAUAGCUUUAUGGAAGGGUACAGAUGAAACCUAAACUUUAGACAAUUAAUUAAAAUCGAGAUUCUAAGAUGGAGAAUACAGGCACAUUCACAAAGGAAAACAUAGAAAUAGUUCCUGAACUUAAUAAUGUGUACAGUAACUUUACUGAAAUUCACAAUGACUUAAGUCCAUUUAAUAAAGUUCAGAUGAGUCCAUCCAAUUUUGAAAUGAUCUCAUCUGCUUAGAGGGAUUCUUCUUAUUAAUUUUAACAGCAACAGUAAAUGCCUUAUGUAGAUAUGAAAUCCUUUUAAAGAGCAUAAAUAUUCUUAUAAAGUAAUUCAUCCUCGAAGAAAAAAUUAUCUCCUGCAAAGACUUAACAAUUCUCAACUAGGUCAAAUUUAGCUCAGCAGAAGCCUUAGUAUGUAUCAAUGUUUGAAAGAGUUGCCUAAGUUAGCAAUAGACAUAACUCCGAUUUAAUAUCUUAUCAAAAACAGUAGAGAUUGUUUCAAGCUCCUAUAGUUCCAGAUAUUGCAGUAAAAAUGAUCAAUAACUUAAACUUCUGCUUGAAAAAGAAUUCCCUCAAUGUCUAAGCAAGUAAAAUUCCGCAGUAACCUGCCAAAAAUAAGUUAAUUUCAAAAGUACCAGCCAAUAGAUCCUCAAGCUAGCAAGCUGUAAAAUUAUAAGAUUACAGCAGAAAGUUUGUUUCAUAGAAGUCUUAUAUGGUAGAAAAUUUAGAUGAAAAACCAAUGGCAGAAAAACUUAAGAUAAUUCUCGAGCAAAGAAAAAGUAUGGGAGCUAUUAAUAAUACUCUAAGAAAAAGCAAUCUACGCUUAUGA